CUCCCAAAUUUAAAAACGCUCCAGAGAGAGAGAGAGAGAGAUGAAGGAAAUUCAAAUUCCCAGGAAAAACUUUGCGCGCUCAUCUGAUCCCGCAACGAAGAGACUCACCAAGGAUCCUGAGACGAAGAAUCGGAAGGUUGCGGAGAAGAGACAGAGCGCGACCUUCUCCGACGCGUCAGUGGAAAGCGCGAAGGAUCCAUCGGAUUCUACUACUCCGAUCUCUCAGGUUUCCGGCGCGAUCUCCGAUUCCGAAGCCGAGAGUUUUGUGCAAGGAUCGAGCAUAGACCUGUUAUCAACGCCAGAGAUUUCUCUUCUGGCCGAUGAGUCUCCAGCUUCAACCGUUACUGAUAAGGAUUUCCACAUCGACGCCGAUCGGAUUCAGUCGAUCGUGGACUUGCCUGCUUCUGUGGAGUCCUUGCGCUCGGAGAUCAGUGACCUGAAGAAACUCAUCUCUUCAGCUGAGAAUCAUGAAGAACGUAACUGGAUCGAUGGAGUUCUUACUCGCAAAUCCCGCGUUGUGCUUUUGGCUUUUAUCAUUUGGGCUGUCUUGGCUGCGAUUGUGGUCUCCGUCAGGUCAGGAGAGAAGAUUGCUUACUAUGGACCACUUCCAACUUGAUGGAUUCAAAUCACUUUACAUGGAUAUAAGGACGUGGCUACCGAGAAACAAGGGACCAAAAACUCAACUACUUAUUUGGAAGCGAAGCAUUAGCUGUAAAGGUUACAUAUGAAAAAAAAAUUCUAUAGGUAAGUAAGUAUUUUCGUAUUAUUCUCUGAUGAAGUGUUUUAGUUGAUAUUAAAAUUACCAAAAACAAAUAUUACUGAUUAACUAUUGGUAAUUAUCCGUUAU